AUGUCGGCCACACAAGGUUGUAAAAGCUAUAUAUUUCCCGUAGACUAUGAUAAAUCCGUAAGAUUAAUCGAUACUCCCGGAAUUGGUGACACCAGAGGAAUCGAAAAAGAUGCGGAAAAUUUUGGAAACAUUCUAAGAUACAUUGGUCAUUACGAACACCUAAAUGGGAUCUACAUUCUCCUUAAGCCCAAUAAUGCACGAUUAAACGUGGUGUUUAAGUAUUGUGUGCAAGAAUUAUUAACACACCUUCACAAAAGCGCCAAGGACAAUAUUGUUUUCUGCUUCACAAAUGCUAGAUCAACAUUUUAUCGUCCGGGAGAUACAUUACCGACACUUAGAGAACAACUCAGUAAUCUAAAGGAAAGAUCUAACAUUGAGAUAAGAACAGAUAAAAAUACAAUGUAUUGUUUUGACAAUGAAUCGUUUAGAUUUUUAGCAGCUCUACGGGAAAAUAUGAAAUUUUCGGAAGAUGAUAUUAAAAAUUUUUCUGAGAGCUGGAAAAAAUCAGUACAAGAAUCUUGGAGACUCUUCAAGCAUAUUACAUCACUUCAACCUCAUAGAACGGAAGAAACUUUAUCGCUUAACAAUGUCAGAAAGAACGUGAUGAUUCUUUCCAAACCACUCGCGGAAAUUGGUCAGUUGAUCCAAGUAAAUAUUAGUAUAAUCAGAGAUCAACAAAAGGAAAUCGAAAACUCUAGCCAAUCCAUAGAAGAUUUAAGAAAAGACUUUAUACCACACUUUUAG